AUGAAGAUCUCUCAGCUUCUCCAAGUCAUUACCGUAUCCCUGCUGGUUAUUGCGCUUUUGCCUGAGUUUGGCGCCGCAUCAGUCGAUGAUAUUGGCCUGAACGCCGAUUUCGAGCGAUUCGCUGUCCGAUCGUCACGUGGUAAUGCACGCCUACGGCGGAUGAGGAUUCUUGCAGCUGGUGGCAGCAGCACCACUUCCAACGGCAACACGAAGACCACCGGUACCACCGCUACGGGCGGCGGCGGCACCACCGCUUCCGGCGGCACCACCGCUUCCAACGGCAACACGAACACUGGCGGCGGCAGCACCGUUUCCAACGGCAACACGAAAACCGGCGGCGGCAGCACUGCUUCCAACGGCAACACGAACACCGGCGGCGGCAGCACCGCCUCCAACGGCAACACGAACACCGGAAGCGGCAGCACCGCUUCCAACGGCAACACGAAUACCGGCGGCGGCAGCACCGUUUCCAACGGCAACACGAACACCGGCGGCGGCAGCACCGCUUCCAACGGCAACACGAACACCGGCGGAGGCAGCACCGCUUCCAACGGCAACACUAACAGCGGUGGCGGCAGCUCCACUUCCGGCGGCAACACCGCCUCCAACGGGAACACCAAUAGCGGCGGCGGCAGCACUGCCUCUAACGGCAACACCGCUUCCAAUGGCAACACCAACAGCGGUGGCAGCUCCAACGCUGGCGGCAGUACCAACAGCGGUGGCAGCUCCAACGCUGGCGGCAGUACCAACAGCGGUGGCAGCUCCAACGCUGGUGGCAAUACCAACAGCGGCGGCAGCUCCAACGCUGGCGGCAAUACCAACAGCGGCGGCAGCUCCAACGCUGGCGGCAAUACCAACAGCGGCGGCAGCUCCAACGCUGGCGGCAAUACCAACAGCGGCGGCAGCUCCAACGCUGGCGGAAAUACCAACAGUGGCGGCAGCACUAACGGCGGUGGGAGCACCAACGGCGGUGGCAUCACUGGAACAUCUGGGAGCACUGGCACUACUGGAGACGUGGUGCUCCAGCCCAAUGGCUGCCUGCAGAACCAAACCCUCUGUGGCUCUCUCUGCACCUUCCUGAAGUCGGAUCCAAAUCAUUGCGGCAGCUGCAACCGAUACUGCGCCACCGAUUUCAUGUGCUGCUCGGCCACUUGCACCUCGCUGCUUACCGACAAGAAGAACUGCGGCAAAUGCGGCAGGUUCUGCCGCGGAACCUGCAUCGCUGGUGUCUGCGACUAUGGUGCCGCCGGCACGCCGUUGAAGAAGUAA